CGCACUCUCGAAACGCCCUCUGUGCACCGUCCAUCGCCCCCGACACCUCCAUCAUACCCUUCGCUCUUUUAUGUCGUCGCCCUGAAAGUCGUAGGCUCCGAACGCUCCCUGGCCCACAAAUCUUCUCGGCCCUUCAUAUCCCCUUGCCCAUCAUGAGCGCGAUUGCGUCGACGUCUCGACUCCAUUUGGAUGUCCCACGCAGGCGCGCGACACGCAGGCGACACGGAACUCGCAGAGUCAUGUUUACGAUCAUGAUGGCAGGUCUGUCCCAGGCAGCGGCUGCACCUGCGCCUGAGCAAUUGGGUCGUCAGCAUCACGGAGCUGUUCUGAAGCAAGCACGAUCGGAGGUGUGGCUCUUGCGGCGACAGCAGGUUCUCACCGGCUCGGCCACAAUUUCAAUCGACGACAAGCUCCCUCUAGACUUCAUACUGCUUAUCGGCAUCGGACUGGGAGUGGCUGUUAUGUUGGCCAUCUUCGUCAUCACUAUGAAUCGCUGGUCUCGCUCACAAAGCAGGGUCGUCAGUGAGAGGAAGCAGGCAAUGCGACAGCUGCGUGUGCGGGGGGGAGGUCCCACUCGCGCAUAUAGUCCAGCCUUGAUGUCGUCGCCCAUCGGCGAUGGGUCAAGCUCAAAUGAUCACUUUGUAGCCAUGCGUGCUCCUUCAAGGCCGAUCAGCAGCACUCAAAACUCUCGGCGGGCAUCUGGCGCCGAAACAUCAACAACGGCGUCCACCAUCCACAAACCACUUCGACCAAAACGUAGCGAUACCUCGAGGGACAGCAUCGCGUUUGCAGAUGGGAGGCGUCCACGCCUUGCGCGCGACCGGUCCAGUCGGAGUGCAAGGGGUUACAGUGUGAGCAGUAUCAGCAAGUACGACAUUCCAAGGCAAAGUUACUAUGCACGACCCGGUAUGCCUAGCCCCACAAGUUACGGCACCAGCGGCCUGAUGGUACCCGCUUUGCCGGCGAGCGGCGGUGAAUCAUCAGCAUCUGGCAGCUCGGCUUCACUGGCUGAUGAACGUGUGGGAGUCAGAUCUGCUCGGUAUGACCGUGCACAAGGCUCCCCUUCUUCUCCUCACUUCGGAGGGCACGCACGUGGUCCUUCGACAACACUGGGCCGAGGAACAGACAUCAGUCGCAAUCGAUCACUGAAAGACCGCGCAACGCGCUUGCUGUCGAACAAGCAGGGUGGUGGCGACUAUGAAGGCGGUGAUCCGCUUGAUCUGCGUCGUCAGCUCACCGAGCCUUCGAGAGCGGACCAGUCCAGACGCAAUAGCACGCUCAGCUUCGGCGACACCGCACACGCGGCAGCCCCAUUUCUUUCCUCAAGAGCAUACAGCAACGACUCAAGCCCAGCGAUGAGUCCCGCCACCGAUGCGACGCCACUUACCUUCGAUCAGCACAACUUCAUGAGCGCCGGGUCAAGCUCAGGUCAUGGUAGCGGACACGGGGGUCCUUCGGCGAGGCAGUUAGCAUCCACCGAGCGAAUGGUUCAGCGCCCCCCGUACCUGCCCUCGAAAUCCCAAGCACGUGCGCAGUAUGGUGGGAGCGAUGAUAUCGAGGGCGCAACAGCAGCCAGUCGCUUGCUAGCUUCUGGAAGUCCCUCCCGACCUCCUCAAACCAGCAGGUAUCACAACGAGGGAAUUUCCAAGGCUUUGCCGUAUGUGCCUGCUAGCGGAAAGGGUGGUCGAUAUUGAACGUCGACUCUGUGGAAACACUAAGCGCGUCAAGGCUCGAACUAGCGUUGACGCCUGGGUCACCAGCCAAGUUCUUGAAGUUGAACAGACACUCGACCCGACCCUGCCCGCUAAUACUGGCCUUCUGUCUCCCGAAGCUGCUUCGACAAUCCGGCAUGUCACCCUUGAAUCACGCCUUUGACUCUUCGCCUCUUUGCGUCCCCCACCCUUCCGGUCAGCAGAGCGCUUCGAGCGCCGCCCAGCGACUCAACACUCACUUUGAUCCCGAUACAUGCUUCACGGACACUAGAUUGCUUUUCCAAUCCCUUCGCAUACUUGUUCUUCACACUCGGG